CCAAGAACAGCGAAUGAGAAGAAGUGUCCAGCGAGAUGCUGCGCUUCGUUUGGGAUGGCUGAAUUUCGAGAACAGUAGAAAGCCUUUGGUAUGUUUUUUUGAAGAGUAGACUUUUUUGAGGUGGUUGGCGGUCUGAUUGGGCUAAUGGAGAGAAUGAAAGAACGUUUUCAUCGGGAGCUGCAAGACCCUACACAUGAACUUGUCAAGGAUGGUGGUUUCUCAUUUAUGCAUAAUAAUUCAAGGGACGUUAAAGAAGGAGAAAGACAUUACACGUACUGGAAGGACUCUACAGAACAUAACAAAAUUCACAUAUUUUUCUCCACACUUCUCUUUGCAAUUGUUUUGAUCCUGGAAAAUGUAACAAACUUCAAACAAUUAGAAAACUGCAAAUCCUCAAUAUCCUUUCACUGGAUAGAGAGUUGCGUUAUUGUAUUUUCCUUUCGCUUUUGGGGAAGAAAACGAGUUCGGAGUUUCAGGAGCCAAGUAAUUACUUUCCGUUCUCUCCUUUUCUGUUUCGUUGCUACUGUUACCCUCUAUGGACUGGAUUUUAAUCAUUCCACUCUUGGGAUUUCUGCUGGAUCUGAAUCCUACUUGAUAUCUCUGGCCUUGAUGGCACCUUUAGUUCUAGUAACGUCUUGGUUGAUGGGUCGCCAUAGUUAUCCUGACAAGAUUAUCGUAUUGGUGGCUGCAGCAAGUUCACUUGUAAUGGUUCUGUUUUGCUCAUUUAAAGAUUGUCAUGCACAUUAUAGAAUGUCUUUUAGUCAUGGAGCUUUUGGCCUUCUCAUGGCCACGUCUCUGGCUUUUUAUAUUGAGCAAGCAAAAAUAUGCUUGUCCAAGUUGCAGGUUUCACUUUCCCAGUUACUCUAUUUGAUGAAUGUUAGCUGUGCCAUAUGUCUUCCAUUUAUUGCACUUCUGUCUGGUGAAUUACCUUAUCUAGAAAUUGAACUGUCUAAACGAGGCACACUUAAGCUUAUCUUCAGUAUCCUCAUUCUGGCUCUGCUUCGUUUGGCAAGCCAAACUGCCUGUCUCUAUCACCUGAGACACUCAACUCCUGUACUGAAUGCCACAGUGCGAGGAUUUUCUUGGAUAUGGAUCACACUGUAUAUAACUUUUAAUACCCCUGGAGUUCGGGGUGUACUUGUGGUUCCAGUGCUUGCAAAUUUCUGGUUAUAUUUUGUCUUUGUAUUUCUUCCUACAUUCAUCACAGAUGUGUUCUGGACAUUUUGAAAUAAGGGAAUAAGCAAGACAUCAUAUUUCCUAGACUUGAGUGCCCAUGCUCUAAUAAAGGCCCCCCUUCCUGGAAUAAGUGCCCACCCCUUGGGCCAUGAUGUCAAACAAGCGCCCUCUUCAAAUAUGUGCCCCCUUCUCUCUCCUUUACUUAAAUAGUGGUGAUACACGAAAAACCUGUUUCUAUUGCCACUUUAUUUAUUUAAUGUAAUUUAAUUGAAUUCAAUUACCGUUCUUAACACACAUCUAACAGAGCACUGACAAUGAGUAAAUUAAAUACGAAUUGAUACAAAUAAUUGGUAUAAUAUAAUUAAUAUAAAUAGAAUAUAAUAAAAUAAAAAGUAAUAUAUUAUAAAUCUAUGAAACAUAUACAUAUAUUAAAUUGUCAUUGAUAAUGUAACAGUUGACAGUAUGUUCAUAUCUCUUAUUGUAAUUCAAUCUAAGCAUCCUUGAAUCGGUGUGCUUUCAGUAAAGAUUUGAACUGACUAAUAGUGCAGCAUUCUUAAUAGUUUCAGGAAGCUUCAACUACAACAGAUAUUCAGUACAGGAGCACCAUAUGAAAAAAGUUGAUUUGAUCAAGACUGCGUAAUAAACUCAGAAGUGAAAACAAAUGCGUAGCGUAGAAGAAGUUCUUGUUUCAAGCAUGGUUCAAGGAGAGAUUCUCUUCUGAUUUGCUUGUGUAUGAAUAAGAAAAAUCUGAGACCUGACAUUAAACUUUGAAGAACUAUGUGAGAAACUUGGGUUUGCUUUGGCCUUGAAGCAGCAAAGUUUCUUAAGGAAGUUCGUCGAGAAUUUUUUUUUAAAUAGGGCUUUUGGAACACACCAUUUCUCUUUAAGUAAUGGUAAUAAAGUAAUAUUACUGAUAAUAAUAAUUCUAGUACUGUCAGGGCUUGACACUAACUUUUCAACUUACUAGCCAAGUGGUAUUGAUA